GCUGGGCUUCGGCCGGGGUCCGCUGGGCACCGCGAGCUUUGCGAAGCCCCGGUCCCGCUCCCCGUGGGCCGCGGGGACCGAGCAGCGCGCCGGCUCCGGGACGGACAGUCAACAAAGUUUGGUCUGCGGAAGACGCAGCGUCGAGGCUAGCAGGUGCGACCGGGCCUGGCCCGGGCACUCGCGGCCUUGCGGGCGAGCACAGCCGGACACCGGUGAGGAGCGAUCAACUCUGAAGUUGGCAAGAGGCGUCACCCCUUUUCCGCUCCGCCGCGCGUCCAGUCCUGGCACCCCGAGCCUGGGUCGCUCUGGGGCUAUGCAGCCCCCGCCCGGCGACCCCGCGGAGCUCCCUGCCAGGUAGACGAGCGGCGCCCCGGGACCCUGCUGGCACCUCUGUUGGACCCAGGAUGCUUCCGGCCCUCUCCCUCCUCCUCCUCCUCCUCCUCGGAGGUGCUCUGGCCCGUCCAGACCGGAUCACUUUCCCAAAUUCUGCUUGUGAGGCACCUCCAGCAGUGCUCUUGGAAGUACAGGGCACUUUACAGAGGCCUCUGAGCCGGGACAGCCGCAGCUCCCCUGCCAACUGCACCUGGCUUAUUCUGGGCACCAAGGAACAGACAGUAACUGUCAGGUUCCAGAAGCUGCACCUGGCCUGUGGCUCAGAGCACUUAAUCCUGCACUCCCCUCUCCAGCCACCAAUCUCCCUGUGUGAGGCUCCUGCCAGCCCUUUGCAGUUGCCAGGGGGCAAUGUCACCAUCACAUACAGCUAUGCUGGGGCCAGAGCACCCAUGGGGCAGGGCUUUUUGCUGUCUUAUAGUCAAGAUUGGCUACUGUGCCUGCAGGAAGAGUUCCAGUGCCUGAACCACCGCUGCGUGCCAGCUGCUCAGCGCUGUGAUGGGAUCGAUGCCUGUGGGGAUGGCUCUGACGAGGCAGGUUGUGGCUCAGACCCGUUCCCUAACCUGAACCCAGCCCCUGCGCCAACUCUGCCCUGCAAUCUCACCUUGGAGGACUUCUAUGGCGUCUUCUCUUCGCCUGGAUAUUCACACCUGCCCUCAGCCUCCCACCCGCAGUCCUGCCUGUGGCUGCUGGACCCCCAUGACGGCCGGAGGCUGGCAGUGCGCUUCACAGCCCUGGACUUGGGUUAUGGAGACGCAGUGCGGGUGUACGAUGGCGCUGGGCCCCCUGAGACUCCUCGACUGCUACGCAGUCUCACGCACUUCAGCAAUGGCAAGGCUGUCACUGUGGAGACUCUGUCAGGUCAGGCUGUUGUGUCCUAUCACACAGUUGCCUGGAGCAGUGGCCGGGGCUUUAAUGCUACCUACCAUGUUCGGGGAUACUGUUUGCCUUGGGACAGACCCUGUGGCUUGGGCUCCGGCCUAGGGGCCGGUGAAAACCUAGGUGAGCGCUGCUAUAGCGAGGCACAGCGCUGCGAUGGCUCGUGGGACUGUGCCGACGGCACGGAUGAAGAGGGCUGCCCUGGCUGCCCACCUGGGCACUACCCCUGUGGAGCUGUUGGCACCCCCGGGGCCACAGCCUGCUACCUGCCUGCCGACCGCUGCAACUACCAAACAUUCUGUGCUGACGGAGCAGAUGAGAGGCGCUGCCGGCAUUGCCAGCCCGGCAACUUCCGAUGCCGGGACGAGAAGUGCGUGUAUGAGACAUGGGUGUGUGACGGACAGCCGGACUGUACUGACGGCAGUGACGAGUGGAACUGCUCCUAUGCCCUGCCCCGGAAAGUCAUCACAGCAGCAGUCAUUGGCAGCCUGGUGUGCGGCCUGUUGCUGGUCAUCGCUCUGGGCUGCACCUGCAAACUGUAUGCCAUUCGCACCCAGGAGUACAGCAUCUUUGCCCCCCUGUCGCGGAUGGAGGCUGAGAUUGUGCAGCAGCAGGCACCCCCUUCCUACGGGCAGCUUAUUGCCCAGGGUGCCAUCCCGCCCGUGGAAGACUUCCCCACAGAGAACCCUAAUGACAACUCCGUGCUGGGGAACCUACGUUCUCUGCUCCAGAUCUUACGCCAAGAUAUGACCCCAGGAGGCCCUUCAGGGGGCCGCCGUCGCCAGCGGGGACGCUCAGUUCGUCGUCUGGUCCGCCGUCUCCGCCGUUGGGGCCUGCUUCCUCGAACCAGUACCCCAGCUCGGGCCCCUGAGACCAGAACCCAGGUCACACCUUCUGCUCCCUCUGAGGCCCUGGAUGACAGCACAGGCCAAGCUUGUGAGGGUGGGGCUGUAGGGGGGCAGGAUGGGGAACAGGCUCCUCCGUUACCCAGCAAAGCCCCCAUCCCAACCCCAAGUACACUUCCAGCCCUUGGUACUGUUGCCGAGCCUCCAGGGCCACUGCCCUCAGUGCCUAUAGAACCAUCACUGUUGUCCGGAGUUGUACACGCCCUACGAGGCCGCCUCCUACCCAGCCUGUGGCCCCCAGGACCCACUUGGACCCCAGCUGGGCCUCACACAGCAGUCUUGGCCCCAGAGGAUGAGGACGAUGUAUUGUUAAUGCCGCUGGCUGAGCCAGAGGUCUGGGUGGUUGAGGCAGAGGACGAACCACUGCUUGCCUAAGGGAACCUGGCUUCCUUAGGGCUCUGGACACAAUGGUAUGAUCCUUUGGCAUUGGUUCUGCUUCCCCAUUGAUCUAUGUAGGGCAGAAAGUUAGGUGUCUUUCAGGCAGGCCAGAGAGCUCACUGAGAGCACCUUCUGUGUAUGAGACUCCACCACUGCCCUCUGCCCAUCCUGCUGUGUUAAGAAAGGUUCCAAAUGGAUCACAGUUGAAUGCUCCAUCCUUCCCAACUCCCUGCCCAAAAGUGGCC